CCGGUGAAAGAAUUAGUGACAGGUGCGCAUUGAGGAAGCAGCUUUGUCUCCAAAGGAAGAUAUUUGUGAAACAAUUAAAAUUUAUUUAUAUCGCGUUUUAUUUUGUGGGGGGUUUUUUUUGUUUUGUUUUGUUUUUUUGUUUUAUAAAGAUUUGGCCUGUAAGGGAGCGAAAAGGCACAAACAAACGUGGAGGUAGCAGUCACAGUGAGUAGUUAACAGUUAGCAGUCAGUAUUAGUUGAGUCCAGGCAUUUCUGAGCCUCGAGCCUCUGCACUGAGCUGCUGCUGUUUGUUCACAAACACCGGAUUACUGCUCGGUAACUGAGGAAGAAAACGGUUUUGUACCUAGGAUGGACAGUAUCUUGGACAAUCUCUCCAAAACUGAGUUUGUCAGCAUAUGUGUUCGGGAUCCAAGAAUUAUUAAAGAUGACCUCUGGCACACACACAUCGACUACGAGAUCUGUUUACAUACCAACAGCAUGUGCUUUAGAAAGAAGACUUCCUGUGUGAGGCGGCGUUACAGGGAGUUUGUUUGGCUGCGUCAUUGUCUGGGACAGAAUGCUCUGAUCAUGGAGUUACCUAAGUUGCCGCCCUGGAACCCCUUCUUCAGUCUAAAGAACACAGAGCAGGUCUCGCAGAGGAUGAAGGGCUUCCAGCAGUUUUUAGAAAGUGUUCUUCAGACACCGUUACUGUUAUCAGACAGUCGACUCCAUCUGUUCCUCCAGUCAGAUCUCAGCAUCACAAAGAUGGAAAGGUGUGCCCAUGGUAAAACCAGGUACACAGUGGCUGAGGCCAUACAGCGCUCCGGCAUUGGUUACAUCAGCAGUUUGGAGGAAAAGGCCUCCUGUGAAUCUGACUGUGAAAGCUCUUCUUCGUCAUGUUUGGGACUAAGUGUGGACACUCCAUUAAGAGAAAACCCUGUCCCCAUCUUCGAACCCUCGGACAGGGACCCAGAGUUGUUCAGAAUUCCCCACCCCACUCACUGCCCCCUGACACACAGCAGUUGUGCUUGAUCAACCUAUUUGUGAUACUCCAUAUAUGCUUUAUUUUACCAUUUUGUUAACUGCAUUAGACAUUUGUUGUUUUAAUCACUUGCUUUAGUUUUCUCAGAGCAACACCAUGGUCAUUUCAUUUAAUGUGUACCUAGAAAAAGUCAUGUUUUAAAAAGAAGUAUUGUAAAACCUAAAUUUAUAGUGGUAAAUUCUUAAAUAUUAUAUAUAUUUUUAUCUGCACUGAACUGAGGUUAGCAAGGGACAAGGUUUGAAUUGUAGA